AAUGUUGUAGGUUGCAUUUUAUACGUUAGAGAGUGUUUUUUGGUCAAGUUCCACAUGUUAAAAAAGGUUGAUCUUACACUAAACAAAAUAUUGUCUCACUCGUAUGCUUUUUCUAAAUGUUCUUGUGUUUCUUCGUAAUUGCUUCACAUUUGUUUACAACAAAGGUUACAUAGCCAAAUUAACAUUUAUUCAUUCACUUGGGGUCCCAUUAAAGGAAAAAUUGCAAUAAAGAAAAAUGAAAAGUCAGUCUAAUUAAGUAAUUAUAGAUAUGGAUGGAUCGUUAGGGUCCUAUAGAUUCGCUUAUACUACAAGUGAACAUAAUCAACCAAUACAAUUACCCUAAGCCAAUAAAUCCAAUUUGCACAAACCAAAUACCUUUUUCUUUUGGUCAACGUCGACCGGUUCUGGUCUAUACUGUAAUCUCCUUUCUUUUUAUAUAAUUAAUGAAUAUUUCGUUUUACUAGGAGUGACACCCCUCGCCAUAAACACCGAAGAAAGACUCUGGAGCUGUUGCCGUCGUCUGGGUUACAGACCCUGCCGUCGAGUCCACUCUGAUCACCCGGAGCAAGCCAACGGCGCAGGCGAUCGAAGCUUGAAGAGAACGAAACCGGAAACUCCAACCGUCGUCUUUCUCACGACUUCAGAGCCUUAAGGAUCAAGUGAGAUAAGCAUGGAUGUUCAAGUUUUCACAAAACGAUUUCUCCAUCAGUGCUAUUUAUUUGAUUGCUUGAGAGGGUCACAGCCUUUUUGCAAUGUGGAUCAUGAGUGGGUUGCUUUAGCAGAUGAAGAUCAUCCACAUUCAGUUUUCUUUGUUGAUGGAGUUAGUCGUCAGCACCAAGAUCUUCUGUCUUUCAAGAUACUUACGGUAAAAGCACUUAACCAAGCCUGUGGAGUGCCGUUGAUUGGUGCUGAGGUUCUCACGCAGCCCCCUUGGCUUUUGGAGGAGUUCAACAUGAACAGAGAGGAAAGAGAAACAGCUAGGUCAUGGUUAUUCAUGUCCGAAAGCGACAUACUUGGUCAUCCGUGGGUUGUGACUGGACAAAGGCGUGUUUAUGGGAUUGAAUGUACCACGUGUGUCAUGUAUCAAAACCCUCCAUUUGGGCGAUUCAUACUUUCUCGAUACAGAUCCCCUCUCCAUGAAGACUCUGUCUACUGGUUAAAUUUCAGCGAAAGAAAUGUGGGCAGCUGGAAAAUGUUCUUACAAAACAAUGCCGCGAAUGCUCAAAAGAACAAGAUCACAAGGGAUGAUAACAGGAGGUACAAUGCUGGAAUAAGUGAAAAUCUUGCGCAGAAUCGUGAUGACAAUUUGGUCAACCAACUUUCUGGGAUGACAAUGCACUGAUGAGGCCGACUCAGGAAUAGAUCGCAACUCUGUCUCUCCCUUUCAUCGGAUCCUUUAUAUACUCUCACUUUGCAAGAAACCUAUUUCUGUUCGACUAUUGUAUUGUUUUGAGUUUAACUGAACCAAACCAGAGUAAACCAAGUCAGUUUAUUAUAUUUUAGGUUUGUUUUGGUAAAGUUUAAAUCAGUUUGGAGCCA